AUGACUACCCGGGGACUCCAGUUAGCUCACCACAAGACGGAGGCAGUCAUGCUAACAAAGAAGUGGGCAUACAACCCUCCCCAGCUCAGCAUAGGCGGCAUUCCUAUCCAGCUAAACAAGCACUUAAGGUACUUAGGCGUAAUACUCGACUCGCGCCUUUCCUUCGUAAAACACGCUGAGACGGUAGCAAGGAAGGCGUCCACGUCGGCGGUAGCCCUAUCAAGGAUAAUGCCGAAUAUCAGGGGACCCUGCCAGUGGAAGAGGCGACUUCUAGUAUCAGUAGUGGAGAGCCAGCUGCUUUACGAUGCCCCAGUCUGGUCGGAAGCCACAAGCUCAACGGCCAAGGUAAGAACUAUCUCAAGGAGACCUCAGAGAGUGGCAGCCCUGAGAACCAUAAGGGCCUACAGGACUGUCUCUGACGAAGCCGCUUUCGUGCUAUCAGACAUACCGCCAGUAGACCUGAUAGCCGCAUAG